AAGCUUUGCAACAGCGCUGAGUUAUUCUUCAUUCUCUGAGAAAUUCGGAAUCCAUUUUCUUCUCAAUCUUUCAACUUCCCAUCCAUCGGAAGAUUGAAAUCCAUGGCGAUGGAAGUUGUGGGCGGCGCUCUUCUCUCUUCCUUUCUCUCCGUCUUGUUUGGUAGGCUGGCCUCCCGUCCCGUCGUCGACUUCAUCCGCGGACAGAAGAUCAACAGCGGACUGCUCAAGAAGUUGAGGAUUAAGCUGCUUUCAGUUAAUUCUGUGCUCGAUGACGCGGAGGAGAAGAAAUUCAACAACCCAGCUGUGAGGGAGUGGCUCGACGAACUUAAAGAUGCUCUGUAUGCUGCAGACGACCUGCUGGAUGUGAUCAAGACUGAAGCUCUGCGGCGAAAGCUCGAAGGCGAUGAAUCCGAAAGCAGCAGCAGCAGAAAAAGUCAGGUACCCAUCUCCAGUUCCACUUGGAUUGAUGAAUUUGACAAAACAAUGGAACCCAAGAUUGUAGAAAUGCUUGAGAGGUUAGAAUUUAUUGUAAAUGAGAAAGAUGUGCUUGGUUUGAACGAGGGUGUUCCGAAUCGGCGACCACAAUCAAGAUUAUCUUCCACCUCUUUGGUGGAAGAGGACGGUGUGUACGGUAGGGAUGAGGACAAGGAGACCAUUGUGAAGCUAUUGCUAUCCGAUGAUGCGAAUGGCAAUAAGUUGAGUGUGAUUCUGGUUGUGGGAAUGGGUGGCAUCGGAAAGACCACCCUUGCGCAGCUCGUAUACAACGAUGCUAGAGUGAAGCAACAUUUUGACUUGCAAGCAUGGGUUUAUGUUUCAGAAGAAUUUGAUGUUGUUAGAAUAACCCAAAUCAUUUAUGGGUCAGUCAUUUCACAAACUUGUUGUAUUACGGACUUGAAUCUACUUCAAGUUAAACUCAAGGAGUCUUUGACGGGAAAGAAAUGUUUCUUUGUUCAUGAUGAUGUAUGGAACGAGAAUAGCUGAAAAUCAAAGAAAAAGCUGCUAU